GGUCACGGACGUUGCGCGUGGGAGGCGAUCAUUUGGCUUCUUCUUGUGGCAGCCGCGUAAAGCGAAGGGAGAAGGGAAGGGAAGAGCAGAAAUGGUGAACACCUUCUUCGUGUUCUGCGCCUGCAUCGACCAGGCGAGCAUCGGCGUGGUGGAGAAGUGGGGGCGCUUCCUCAGCCUCGCCGGCCCUGGCCUUCACUUCUUCAACCCCUUCGCCGGAGAGUGCCUUGCCGGCGUUCUCUCCACCCGCGUCUCCUCGCUCGACGUCCGCGUGGAGACCAAGACCAAGGAUAAUGUUUUUGUGCAACUGGUUUGUUCGAUUCAGUAUCGCGUCGUUAAAGAAAAUGCUGAUGAUGCUUUCUAUGAGUUGCAAAAUCCACAAGAGCAGAUCCAAGCUUAUGUUUUUGAUGUGGUCCGAGCCCAUGUUCCAAGAAUGACUCUUGAUGAGCUCUUUGAGCAAAAAGGUGAUGUGGCAAAAGCAGUCCUUGAGGAGCUAGAAAAGGUGAUGGGUGGGUACGGUUAUAACAUUGAGCAGAUACUCAUGGUUGAUAUUAUACCAGAUGCCUCAGUGCGUAGAGCGAUGAACGAGAUAAAUGCUGCCCAGAGGCUUCAGCUUGCUAGUGUCUACAAAGGAGAAGCUGAAAAGGUCCUGAUGGUGAAGAAAGCCGAAGCAGAGGCUGAAGCCAAAUAUCUUUCGGGUGUUGGGAUAGCAAAGCAGCGCCAGGCUAUAACCGAGGGACUAAGGGAUAACAUCUUGAACUUCUCUAACACAGUGUCUGGCACUUCUGCUAAAGAGGUGAUGGAUCUAAUAAUGGUCACACAGUACUUUGACACCAUCAAAGAGCUUGGAAACUCAUCAAAGAACACGACCGUGUUCAUUCCUCAUGGGCCCGGCCAUGUGAGAGAUGUAACUGAUCAGAUACGUAAUGGAGUGAUGGAAGCAUCGAGCAAUCUGGUCGGAAACUGAUCUCUUUCCAGUGUUUCAUUCUCUGAGUGUCACGACUCUCUGCUAGUCAUACAAGCGUGUCUCUGUUUUCAUCAUCAAUGUUUGGGUUUCAUAAAUUUGGUGGUUGUCAUAAUGUAAAUAAAUAAUAAUGUGGCCAUAGUUAAACAACUUUUCUAUUUACUUUUAAGAGUCA